AUGGUUCCCCGCGACGUAGAGAGCCAGCCCUCAAGUACUACGUACGGUAUGCCUAUUGUCUUAUCGGCCAAGUCGCAGCGUUCUCUGAGAGACAACAUGAGCGCCAUGCUCCGGUUUCUUGAGUCAGAUCCAGGCAUUGACAUGGCAGAUCUAGCCUGGACAUUGAUGCGCAAGCAGGCUGUCCUGCCCGUUCGACACGCAAUCCCCAGCCACACGCGCGAGGGGGCGUGUCUCGCACUUCAAGCAGCCAUCAAAGAGAACCUAGGCGUAGAAUCCAGUUCUAACCGUGGGAACAAGGGCCCACCCCAGAUAUUGGGCAUCUUUACCGGACAGGGUGUACAGUGGCCAGGCAUGUGCAAAUCGCUUCUAGCCUCCAUCCCUUGGACGCGCGAGAUCAUAGAUGAAUUGGAUGCCUCUUUGCAGACACUUCCAACAGCGUACCGUCCAACUUGGACGCUUCGACAGCGGCUUUGUUGCGAUGAUGUCGAGUCUCAGCCGACGGAGGCGAGAUUCUCACAGCCGCUCUGCGCCGCCGUUCAACUCGUGCUUCUCAGGCUGCUUGAGGCUGCAGGUAUCAAGUUCACGACUAUUGUCGGUCACAGCUCAGGAGAAAUUGUUUGUGCGGCUGCUGCGGGCUACAUCACGCCUUUUCAAGCUAUCCGCAUCGCUUACUUGCGCGGGCUAGCCGUUACCACGUCCGACGCUGAGCCUCCUGAUGGCGCCAGAGGUGCGAUGCUCGCAGCCGAGAUUGCGCACGAGGAUGCAGAAGAGCUGUGCAGCCUUGAAGACUUUGAAGGACGGAUCUGCGUUGCGGCGUAUAACGCGCCAACCAGCGUGACGAUAUCUGGUGAUGCCGAUGCUUUGCAACAUGUCGAGGCCAUUCUCAAGGACGAAGGAAAAUUCACGAGAUUCCUACGCGUCGAUAAAGCCUAUCACUCUCAUCAUAUGGCUCAGUUUAGCGACGCAUACACCAAAUCUCUCGUCGAAUGUGGCUGUGCCGCCAAUCCCGCGUCUAAGACGCCAGACCCGUCUUCGCCUGUUGCAUGGUACUCGUCCGUGUACGAGGGUAGACUCUUGAACUGUACGGACAUCACAGCAGAAUACUGGGCAGCAAACCUCGUGUCCCCGGUCCGUUUUUCACAGGCUGUCGAGCGUGCAGUGAGCGAAUACCACGUCGCUUAUGGCGUAGAAGUGGGUGCCCAUCCGGCUCUGAAGCGUCCUACUACUGCAACCAUUCAAGCCAUCUCCGGCACGGAUCUGCCGUACACAGGAUGCAUGAAACGAAGUCAAGAUGAUACGGAUGCAUUUGCGGAAGCAUUGGCCUAUCUCUGGGAGCCGUUUUCCAGCUUCAACAUACCCAACGCUGAUAGCUUCAUGAGAACGGUCUCGCCUUCAUCAUGGCCUCGCAGAAGCCUAACCAAGGUUAUUCCAAGGUACUCAUGGGACCACACGCGAUCACAUUGGACCGAAACACGCGCUACGAAAGCUUUUCUUGCCGGACCAGCUCCCCAUCUCCUACUUGGUUCUCUUCUUCCGACGAGUACAGACUCGACGUUCCAAUGGCAGUCCCUCAUCAAGCCCCAAGACGACAAGUGGCUUGAGGGUCACGACCUUCAGGGCCAACCUAUCCUCCCCGCUGCCGGAUACGUCGCGAUGGCCAUGGAAGCAGCUCUGCACGUGACAAGAAAGCGUGUUGCGCAAGACGUUAAAGUCACUGUGCUCGAGGUCCUGGAUCUGAGUAUCGAUAAGGCCAUUUCGUUCGACGACAAGAACAGCAUGGCCGAGCUACUUGUCACGCUUAAAGUGACACACCAGAGCGCCGAGCAGCUGGAGGCGGAAGUUCAUAUUGACUCUGCCCUUGAUAGAGAAACAAAACCCUCCAAUUCGGCGAAUGGACGCGUUGUUGCCACAUUUGGCUCUCCCUCAAUGUGUUUGCCGCGGCGAGGCUUAAAUGAACCACUGCACCCCAACCACAUCGACAUCAGCAGCUUCUACAGAGAACUCGAACUUCUGGGUCUCGACUACACCAAGAAGUACCGUGGUGUCCAUGAGUUGCGCCGAGCAGAUGGCAGGGCAGCGGGACGGCUCUCGCAGUACCGACUUGGAAACAGUUCCGAGCAGGGCAUCCUCCUUCACCCAGCCACGCUGGAUACGGCUUUUCAGGCCAUCAUGGGCGCCUUUUCGUACCCUGGUGACAAGGCUUUGAGGUCCACAGUUGUCCCUGUACACAUUGACAGGAUUGCUUUGGUCCCCGGAGCUUGUGCAUCCGCAUUGGGCUCUCAUGAUGAAGUUAGUAUGCGUUUCAACGCUACAUGCUCGUCUUUCAAAGAUUCGAUUCUGUCUGGAGACGUUGAGGUCUUUGAUGACAAUUCUGCUAUCCUUUUUCAAGUGGACAACAUCGUUCUUCAACCACUUUACAAACCGGAUCUAUCUAGUGACCAUCUCAUGUUCACCAAAACGGUGUGGGGCCCUUAUUCACCUGAUCGCAUCCUAGACCGUCCCGAGUUUUGGGCUACUGCUGAGGACAAGCGAAUGAUACCUAUCAUCGAGCGCAUUGUAUACCACUAUGUGAAGGAUUUUCUAAAUACACUCACACAAGAGGACCGUCAGAAUGCAAGCCCCGGACUCCAGAAGUACAUUCACUGGAACGAGCAGGUGUUGGAGAAAGCUCGAGAAUGGAAGACUACCUUUUAUGAGCCGAACUGGGAGAUGGACACAUCGGCUGAUGUGCAAAAGCUCUGUGAGGAAAAUUGGUGUCACCCCUACGUCCGUCUCGUCAAGAGGGUCAGCGAGAACGCCAUCUCCACAAUCCGCGACAAUACGAACCCUUUUCAUUGGAUGAACGCGGAUGGACUUCUUAGCGAGUUCUAUGCCAGUCCUCUCAGCGCCGGCACCGGCUCAGCUACACGUUACGUUCUCAAUAUCCCCCAGCUGGGAUUCAACAGCUACACCUUUACUGACAUCUCAGGAACCUUCUUUGACAAGGCUCGUGAGGUCUUCUCGCAGCACAAAGACCGCAUGGACUUUCGGAAGCUGGACAUCACUCGGAAUCCGGCGGAGCAAGGCUUUACACCCCACUCAUAUGAUCUCGUAAUCGCGUCGUCUGUUCUCCACGCAACACCUCGUCUCGUAGAUACUAUGACGAACGUAAGGUCUUUGCUCAAGCCGGGAGGCCAUGUAAUCAUCGCGGAAGCCACGUUUAAAGAGUAUCUACGCACCAGCUACAUCUUCGGUCUCUUUCCAGACUGGUGGGCUGGCUACGAAGAAGGCCGCGUCCUCGACCCUUUUGCAUCAUAUGAGGAAUGGGACAGCAUUCUGAAGCGAUCUGGGUUCUCGGGUAUUGACAGCCGCACAUCCGAUCGCGAAAGCUGGGUUUUCCAAAACUCUCUGUUUAGUGCGCACGCCAUCAACCCCAAAGUGCAGCGGCUAGACAGCCCCCUUCUCAAGGUGCCCAAUGGUCAAAACCACGGAGCGGAUAUGCCGCAGCUUGUUUUCAUUGGCGGCCUCUCUGAUCGCUCGUCAGCUUUGCUCGGCAAGCUUCAAGACACAUUGACUCACCGUCGGAUCUUACGGCUUGACUGCUUGAAAACUAUCCCCGAGCAGGAGGCACGGCUUGAGACAGGGUCCACGUUCAUCGUGGUCUCGGAGCUUGACGACGAAAUGUUUGAUAAGCUCAACGACGUCAAACUCGAAGCUGCCAAGUCGCUUCUCUCCGGUGAUUACGCCAAAGUCAUUGUCUGGAUCACAGAGGCGGCUUUCACGCACAAUCCUCGCCAGGCUAUGACCAUUGGCCUCCUUCGGACGAUACAGCUUGAGAACCCACAGAUCAAUGUCCUGAACAUCGAUGUGGACGACGCUGAACAUUCAGACUAUCCCGCACUUAUCGCCGAGCACGUUACCCAGCUCGAAGAGACGACAAGACCACCUGAAGACAGCAGUGGUUUGCUAUGGUCCCACGAGCCUGAGAUGUACAUCGUCGAUGGGCGUACUUGGAUCCCUCGCAUCAAGCACGACGCAGCACGGAACAAUCGCUUGAACUCUGCGCGCCGUGUUAUUCUCUCGGAUGCCCGGCCAAGUGACACGCCCGUACGCCUCCGUCUGUGUGAUGAUGGCGCGUCUUCGUACCUUGAGUCCAUGGACACGUUAGUCAGCCCUCGUUCAUCAUCUGCGCUGCCAGGUUUGGUUUCUGGUAUGCAUGAUGAUCCAGUUCACGUCCGCGUCCACUUUGCUCUCACCGGGGCGAUUCGGGUUGGCAGACUGGGCUUUUUCCACCUGUGCCAGGGAUUAGUCACGGAAACCAAGACGCCCGUAGUGGUGCUGGCAGACAGCAACGCAUCGAUUGUCCGUAUUCCGCGCAGUCGCAUCUUUGCCCUGCCGUCUGAAGACAAAUGUAUUCUGCACCAUGUUGUGGCCUCUGUCAUAAGUCAUGGUAUCAUGAGCAGCGCGGUCCCCGACACCACUGUUCUCGUUUUUGAUGCACCGCGGUUCUGCGUGGAUGCCAUUGCAAAACAAGCCAAGGAGAGGAGUAUCGAGGUCCGCUUUGCCACCAGUCAACAAAUAACCGAGGCAGAGCUCAGCUCGGGUUUCUCAUGGACAUAUCUAGAGCCAUGGGUAUCAGAAAGAACGCUCAAGAAAAUGAUGACUGCGAAAGUGUCUGUCUACUGCGAUUUCUCAUCUGCAACAGAGCACACAUCCGCAAACCUCGGCCGCCGUCUGGCCAAGAUUCAAACACCACACUGCGCAAAGGAUUUGUCCAACGAGAAAGACUUGGAUGCGGGUCUGUUCAGAAUACGCGAGACUUUGCCACCAAUGGGAGGGAUCGCGUAUGGCCCUCUAGUCCUCCGCGACACGAUGCUCCAGAAUAUGAGCUUGGCGGACAUGAAUUUGGUGCUGGAUUCCAAAGUUGUCGGCGCACGUCUUCUCCAUGAACGAUUCUGCGACGCAAGAAAAGAGACGCCUUUGGACUUUUUCAUCAUGUUCUCGUCCGGAGCCACAGUAGGGGGGAACCCCGGCCAGAGCAAUUACAACGCGGCCAACGCUUAUUUGCAAGCCCUCGCACAGUACCGACGAGCCAAGGGGCUAGUGGCCUCGACAAUCCAUGUGGGUGCCGUGAUGGGCAUUGGAUAUCUUGCCCGAACGCAUUUCGACGAACAACUUCUGAAAGUCCACGACAUGGGCAAGCUCGCAGAGAAAGACUUUCACACACUGUUUGCCGAAGCCAUCGUAUCAGGACGCUGCGCACUUGGGCAGGAGGAAAGCAACACCAACCGUAUGUCGGUCACCGAUAUGUCCGAUAUUGAAGUCAUAACAGGCUUCCCGGUAUUUGAGGCAAAGAACAAGAACUCCUUCAAAUUGUGGGAUAACCCUCGAUUUGGUCAUCUUCGGACACCCGAAAAUAGUCUGAGUCAUGUGGGCGAAGGGUCGUUAGCCAGCAGGGUCUCAAUCAAGGAACGGUUGCGCGAAGCAACAACUGUGGACGAGGCCAAAGAGGCCAUCAUUCAGCUGUUGGUCGACAUACCAAUCUUGCGGGUGCUCAGUGGUGCUUCUCUCGAAGACCUUGCUGAGGAAGCCGUCAAACGACUCCCUCGCGAUGCUUUACCGCUGAUAGUUCCCGAUCCUGAAGAAUGCCAACCAGAGGUGGCAGAAGGGACAAGUAGCCAUAGCAGCCCGACCUCGAGCAGUGCAAACUUUUCAUUGCCAUCUCGGAAGCAGUCAGUCGAAUCUGACGCGAGCAGUGUGAUCUGGCACGGAGGCGGCGAAAACAAAGCGAGCUCGGCGACGUUGAAUCGGCAUCCCCUGUCGCUAGGGCAGAAGUAUGUGUGGAAGCUGCAACAGCUGCUCUCGCAUGAUCGUACCAUCUUCCACAAUACUAUCGCCUACUUUUUCGAAGGCUACAUAGAUUUGCAACGGUUGGGCACUGCCGUGGACGAAGUUAUUCGCAGGCACGAAAUCCUUCGCACUGCUUUUCUCGCCAACCCCGAGCCCGAUACGGGCGAUGAUGCUUUCCAAGUUGUACUGGAGAAGCCGACAUGGGGUUUGAAAUGCACAUCGGUCGCCAAUCAAGCAGCAGCCAGGGAGGCAAUUAAGCAGCUGCACGAGGAGCCGUAUGACCUCGAGUCCGGCAGGCCGUUCAAAAUUGUCGAUUUUCACUGGUCGUCAGCCCGCCGCCAUCUCUUGGUGAUCGCCUAUCAUCGGCUCGCCGGCGACGGCGCAACUACGUCUAUUCUCCUCUCCGAAGUUUCUGCCCUCUACGACGGCGCAGUGCUCCCGGCCACCGUCCCGCAGUUCUCCAAGAUUACCAUGAGGCAGCGCGCCGAGUAUGAGCAGGGACGGUUAGAUGCUGACAUUGCCUACUGGAUCUCCCAGUACAACAAUAAUAAUGCAGUACCCGUCAUGCCUGUUCUUGGUCUCCCACACUGUCGAUUUCUCGAACGGAGCAACGGGCCUCCGUCAUCUUGGUCUCAACAUACAGGCGUCUUCCGCCUCAGUUCGGCCGUGUCCGCACAAGUCAAGCAGGCGGUGCGACAGCAAAAAGUCUCCCGUAUGCAGCUUUUCAUGGCAGUUUACGCUGCACUCCUGGCCAGAUUAACGACCAAGAUAAGCAGCAGUGAGGCUGUAGCUACCAAGAACGACUGCAAUGACGAUGACGCAAGAACGAUAACCAUCGGCAUCGCAGACACGAACCGCGCGACGAUGGAGGAAAUGGCCGCGAUGGGCUUCUUUGCCAACUAUUUGCCUGUCCGCAUAAAGACAAGAGAAAAGGAAGGCAUGUCACCAUUAAGUCCUUUCGAACAGCUCGGCGUCAUCAAGAAGGCAAUGCGCGGGGCAAUGCAACACGCGCGCCUACCGUACAGCGUGUUGCUGGAGCGGCUGCCAGUGGUCCCGAGUCUCGAAAUGACACCCAAAGAUUGGCCGCAUGCGCCGCUUUUCCAGGCCGUGUUCGACUACGCUGGGGGCGGGAUUGAGAGCGUGCACAUUGGCGAUGCAGUUAUCACCGAGCAGGGCGGCUUGCAGGCUUCCGAGCUUGUCUCGCGCGAACGAACGCCGUAUGAUGUGGUGCUUGAGAUUUGGGACGAUGCAACGCGUGAUCCGUUGGUGAUUGUGAAGUUGCAAUCCUCGCUUUACGGUUCCGAGGACGUGACCGUUUUCUACAAUGCUUUCGUUGAACUUCUGGCAGCGUACUCGGCGGACCUGAUGUCACAUAGAGCAUGA